AAGUGAGGUAGGUCACCGGUUCAUCGGUCGAUUCUUAGCGGCGGAAGCGAAGUGGAAAGCCGUGUGACAGGUUGAGGGGGAAGUGCUUCUAGAAUCAAAAUAAUGAUGAUAAUGGAAGUGCGGGGAAUUUGAGUGCGGGAAAAGGUGGUGUGCAAAGUUGGAAAUAAGUUCGCUAAAGCGGGUGCCGCGUUGCAACAAAUAGAAUUCGAUUCGAAUAGAGAAUGAUUGUGCCGCAGAGUGUUGUUUUUUUCUUGUUGUUUUGUUCAAAUGAGAGAGUUUGUUUCAGUUCCAUUUGGAGCCGGAAAGAAGAGUGAGCGAGAUGGCCAAAUUCGACAGCUAAAAGUGCAAAGUGCUUAGAUCGCAAAAUCAAAUAUUGAAAUUUAAUGCCCGGCAUCGAAGUUGGAAUUGUUUGUGCAUGCAAAAAGCGGUUUCAGUUGUGGCGAACGAAAUUCUCGAAGCCGUUUGUGUGUCGCGUUGUGUGAAACGUGUUGAGAAAUAGUGAAUUUGUCAUUGUAGUGAUCCAUGUUUCAUAGAACAAAGCAUCUUUAUAUAAUUGGAACAUCAUUCGCCACCGUUCAGAUCGAGGAGUGUGAGUCUCUCCCGUUAGCAUCCUCGUCUUCAACUCUUUCAUCCCCGCCAAGCAAGCAGCAGUCCGCUAGUGAGAGAAACCAAUUUGGACCGUACGUGAGCCCUCGGCUGCUGUCGAUAUCGAUGAUGAAUAAAAUACCAGCUCAAGAUGUAAAAGUAUCACAAAGAUCAAACUGCGAAUCUGUCCCCGGAAGGAUAAGGACUAAUUUGGAGCACCAAUCAUGCCCGAAUGGGACGGGCCGAAUCGAUGGACGAGAUUAUCCAAAAUCAGCAAAAAGUCCUCCGUCACAUCAGAAGACUUCCCCCUCCCCAGCGUCUCAGGACAUGGAAUCAUCGAACCCGGACCCGGAAGGCUUCAAACUUCGUCAGAUGAGGCCAUACGUUAGAUGUCAGCACCGCUCCAGCUAUCAACUUUUGCCAUAAAUCACUCGCCGCUAUCCAUCUCUCGCCUCACUCAGCUCGCCCCUGUCGGACCGGAUCUGCCCCGAUCGGAUUAAAUACUAUUAUGCUUUAUGUUGAUGCUCUAUUGUGCCAUUAAAAUUCACGUCAGACACACCCUUCGUGUGUACACACACAUACAUACACGCACGCACGUGUGCCAUUAUAUGUAUGGAUCACGCGCUCCGCACGGCGGAACUACUAAACGACGGGUUUAAACGUGCCGCCAUAAACGGCACCAGUAAUCAUUAUCGUCAUCAUUAUCAUUGUAAUCAUCAUGUUCAUCCCGCAUCCGCCCCCCGAAAACAGACGAAAAGUAAAAGCAAGCAAGCAAGCAAA